UCGGAGCUGGCCCAGUCACGUUAGAGCUGAGAAAUAAUUUGAGGAAAAACAAGCCGAGCAGCCAGCCACCGUGGCCGGUGCGAGCCGGCUCGUAUUGCACGCAGGAGUCUAUUUUUUUAACUAUCGUUCUUAUUUAAUAGUUUUUCUAUUAGCCCCGACACAAGCAACAGAGAUGAAAGGACUCCUACCGUGUUACCGGGGCCUGCGUACUCUGAGCAACCGUCCAGCCGCUGGAAAAGCGGGGCUUGUCGGUUCUCAGUGCGGGCUUCUUAGCGGAACUCAUUCUUUUACCACCAAGCCACAGCCGAGGUUUGGCCUGUUGUUUGACAUCGAUGGCGUGCUUGUUCGGGGAAGGAUUCCAAUCCCUGCGGCCAAGAAGACGUUUGAGAAGUUGGUCAACUCUCAGGGACAGUUUGUGGUGCCAGUAGUUUUUGUCACAAAUGCAGGGAACUGCCUCCGACAAACUAAGGCUGACCAGCUCUCUCACCUCCUGGGAGUGCCUAUUACUCAAGAGCAAGUUGUCAUGUCCCACAGUCCUUUGAGGAUGCUGAGAAAGUUCCAUGACAAAUGUGUUCUGGUGUCUGGACAGGGGCCCGUCCUAGAUAUCGCUAAAAAUGUUGGCUUUAAGAAUGUAAUCAGCAUCGACAUGCUGAGGGAGUCGUACCCACUGCUGGACAUGGUGGAUCACAACAGGAGACCCAAACUUCCGACCAACCCUGUAAUCAAUCUUCCUAAAGUUGAAGCUGUAGUUUUGUUUGGGGAGCCUAUUCGAUGGGAAACCAACCUGCAGCUGAUCAUUGACGUUUUGCUGACUAAUGGUAACCCCAGUGGCAUACACCAAUCCCAAGUGAUGCCCCACCUCCCUCUCCUGGCCUGUAACAUGGACCUCAUGUGGAUGGCUGAAGCUAAUUCUCCACGGUUUGGCCAUGGAACCUUCCUUGUUUGCCUUGAGAACAUCUUUAAGAAGAUAACAGGCAGGGAGCUGAAGUAUGAGGCUCUCAUGGGGAAGCCCAGCGAGCUGACCUACCACUUUGCAGAGUUCCUCAUCAGAAGCCAAGCCUUGGAGAGGCAAUGGAAACUUCCCAUUACUACCCUUUAUGCUAUAGGCGAUAACCUGAUGACUGACAUCUAUGGCGCCAACCUGUACAACCGUUACCUGGAAGAGAGAGUGGCUAGAAAGAACCCCAAAGCUGUGGCACAGAUGGCCGCCGUCACCGGGUCCGCCUCCACGUUGCCCGGGGAGGAGGAGUCCGACAGCCUGUGGGAAAGCGAGCUGGCGCUGCCCUCUGCCACCUCCUGUAAGUCCAUUCUGGUGUGCACGGGGGUGUACAACCACAGCGUGGACGUGCCGUCUGACCCUCACCGCUGCAUCAAACAGACCGUGUUCCACGGGCACCGGGAUUUCCGCUUCGAGCCCGCUCUGGUUGAGCCGGACUACAUCACGGAAGACGUGGCAGAGGCCGUCGACCUCAUCUUCAAGCAUGAGAAGUUUGUGCCUCAGUAGAGCUGAACCAUGGAGCACGCCACGUUAACACAUUAACAUGUAGGAGCACAACACUGGACAUGAACAGGGCAUUGAGAACAUAUAUAUUCAGUAUUCAGACAAAGCUUAGAAUUAACGGAGCCUCCGUGUGUUACCCUCAUCCGCUCUUUUACAUUGUUUUUUGUGAUAACUUCAACAACCCCUUUGUCAAAGAAUUGCCUUAUUUUACCUUCUAAGUGUUUUUUUUAGAUGAUGGAUAUAGUUUCAACUCCUAAAGCCAUCCUAUAUUUAUUACAAGAAGUUACCACCGUUUUAUAUUAAGACACAAUUUUCAUGAACCGCUGGCUCAUCCAUUAAUCCUGGUAAACCUAUGCAUGAAAAGCAGAGUAACACCUGUACUGUAACAGCUGUCUGUUGUGCAAUAUUGUCCUGUAAUAGUACUGUCGGUCUGCAUUUUGUGUAGCUGUGAGGCUCAUGGCCAUAUUUGCACAGACUUUAGUUUCUUUAUGAAAAAUCUGUCCUUAUCGCAGUAUUAUUAUUUUUAUGUUUUUCUCCUUAGCAAAACAGCUUCUAAAAACCCAUCCAUAGUGUUUACCUCCAUCUUCAUUGAAGGUAAAUAUUUUACCUUGAGAGAAAAAAAAAAGAAAUCCUUACAACAGUUCAA